GACAAGCUACGAUAAGAACGAACAUACCUGAUGGACGGAGGUGACCCCGCGGGAACCAGUAUCCUCCCCGGUGACGACGGAUGCCGCACGAACAGAACCAGAAUUAAUAUUAUGACAAUGCAUGGGAAGAGAAGAACCAGCCCCAAGGGUAUCGAGAUGGAAGAGUUGCCUUUGAUGCGUAUGCGGCGACGGAAGAAAGCAAGGCGCGGCGAUAUCCGGUCGGCCUUCUUGGAAAUGUCAUCCAUGGACGGCAGGCUCUCGCGCGAGGAGGGUAUGCGCUUGACCAGCCUCUGAAGGAACGUCAUGGGUGCGAAAGGGAGCGUGGCGGACUACGGUGAGGGUCGGAGAAGUAUGUACUGCGGGCAGUGCCGCUCGAGAUGGAGCCCGUGUGCGACAGCUGGCAAGUUUGCGAAGGCGUCCUUGCGGUUCCGGCGAGGUCUGGAUGGAUCAAGCGGGAAGAUCAAAGGAGGCAGGGCGCCGAGACCUGGAGAAGGGACGUCGGUACGCCUUGGCGCCGCGUCUAAAAGAAGUAGGAAACGAACGGCUGGAGAGAAGGGAGCGUCUCCCGCAAGUGAAGCCCCCUCAAGACGGCCAGACGGGGUCGUCGCGCAGCAAGAGAUGGUGCGCGCCGACGGGGAUAGCGUGGUUUCUGCGGUGGAGGGACAAUUGGCGGAGGAAUGGGGUGAAGUCGGGCGCAGGAGGCCAAGACAACGAGCCAGAACGCUCCUGCUCUGCGCUGCGACAAGGAUGGCUGCAACACCAAGGCUGCCUGGUUCGUCACGCUCACCUCGCGUGUGCGAUGUGUAUGCCGGCGAUGAGAAGCGGCUGCAGGUCGGAGGGGAGCUGGCGCAUGAAUCCGCGCGCCGGCUGCUUACUUUUGGAGGCUGCGGCUAAAAGCCCCUUGACAGCCUUGGAUCAUCGCUGUUGUCACUGUUUGAUUUCAACGACCCCCCCACGGUACGCGUACCCUCGCCACCUUCCCUCCCGGCGCGCUGCCUCGACGCUGCCUCUCACCACCACCACCGGCUGUCACUAUUUACCCCUCGCCAAACGUCGUCUGUCGUCCUGCCGUCAGCUUCGUGUUUGUCAGCCUCUAUCUCGGGAUUUUUGCCAUCACAAGCUUCUGCCCGUCGAAUCCUACCCGCCCACGUGACCCCGCCGCAUCCCAGUCUCAAGCCCUUGUCUUGUGGCCCCCGGUGCCCCCUAAUUAUCCCAUCCGGGGGGCCUCGCCGUCAACAUGGCCUUCAAUGCCAAAAACCUGAAUUACGAAAAGAAAGAACCCGCCUUCCUGCGUCGCAUCAAAGGCAAUCUCAG